AUGGGGCAGAAGCAGGCUACGGUGAUCCAACAAAUAGGGUUGCUGCGCGACGGGGGUGCACACGAGAAGGCUAAGGCUGCUUGGAAGCUGGGAUCUCUAGCUGGUAGCGACGAAGUCGCCAGAGCUUUAAUCGCCGAUGCAGAGGUGAUCAGGUUGUUGGGGGACGGCAGCGAGGAGCAGAAAACCCAGGCGGCGAAAGAGCUGUGGAAUGUGGCUCAGAAUGACAAGGCCAAGGCAGAGAUCGCCCGUUGUGGAGGUAUCCCCCCUCUGAUAAGAUUGGCAGAGAGCGGAACCGACCUGCAAAAGGAGAAAGCAUCUCGGGCUCUCGCGAGGUUAUUCCUCAACAACAGAAUCAAGAUAAGGAUGUUUGUGGAAGGAAUCCCGCCACUGGUGGAGUUAUUGCGGAGCGGUAACGACGUGCAGAAAGAGAAUGCAGUUGCUGCUCUCCGGAAUUUGUCCUCCAACAACGAGAACCAGAUGACGAUUGCAGUGGCGGGAGGCAUUCCGUUGCUGCUGGCGUUGGUGGAGACCGGAAAUGACGUGGAGAAAGAGAAUGCCGCUACUAUAGUCUCGAAGUUGUCUGUAAACGAUGAAAACAAACCGAAAAUUGCUGCAGCAGGAGGCGUUCUGCCUCUGGUGAGAUUGUUGGGGAAUGGAAACGAUGUGCAGAAAGAGAUUGCAGCAACAGCUCUAUCGAAUUUAUCGAACAUUGAUGAAGACAUUAAGAAGAUUGUUGCGGGAGGAGCUUUGGUUCACAGCGGGAUUGACGGGCAUAAAGUAAAAGCUAUUGGAGUUCUUGAAGUGUUAGCUCUAAACGCUCAGAAUCGAGAGAUAAUCGCUGCAGCCGGGGGUAUUCCUCCCCUGGUGGCAUUGAUACAAGGCGGUAACGACCUCCAGAAGGAGAAGGCAAGUGGUGCUCUUGAGCGAACGGAUCGCUGCGGCAGGAGGUAUCUCCCCAUACAGGGCGGUAACGACCUCCAGAAGAAGAAGGCAAGUGGUGCUCUUGAAGUGCUAGCUUCAAACGUGGGAAACAGAGAAAGGAUUACUGCGACUGGAGGAAUUCCACCGCUGGUGGCUUUAUUGCUGAAUGGGAACGAUGCGCAGAAGGGGAGUGCAUUAACUGCCCUCUGGAAUUUGUCUAUGAACGAUGGAAGUAUGGAAAAGAUCGCUGCGGCUGGAGGCAUUCCACCACUAGUGGCAUUGGUGCGAAACGGGAACGACGUGCAGAAGGCAAAUGCAUCAGCAGCACUAUGGAAUUUGUCCGUGAAAAACGGAAACAAAGAGAAGAUCGCUGCGGCUGGAGGGAUUUCUCCGUCGGUAGCUUUAUUGCAGGACGGGAAUGCCAGCAGAUGGAGUGGGGCUCGUGGAGUGUUGACUCCUAAUGUGCAAAACAGAGGAACGAUCGCUGCGGCAGGAGGGAUUCUUCCGAUGGUGGCUGUGCUGGGGACAGGGACCGACGUGCAGAAAGAGAGAGCAGCUGCUGCGCUCUGGAAGUUAGCCGCAGAGAAUUGUAACAAGGAAAUGAUUGCUGCGACUGGAGGGAUUCCACCGCUCAUGGAAUUAGCGCGAAAUGGGAAUGAGGUGCAGAAAACCAUCGCGUCUGCUGCACUCUGGAAUCUGUCCACGAAUGAUAAAAAUAAGAUUAUUAUAGCUGCAGUGACGAGGGGUUGCCACUCGCAACAUUUGGAGAUAUCCCACGACUGA